AUGAGUAAUAACAACAAAUCAUUGCUUUCAAUCACACAAGUUCGCCCACACCUUUUUCUAGCGGGGUAUGGGUGCAUCACACCAUCUUUGUUAAAACAAUACAACAUCACACACGCUGUCGAUUGCACAAAUCUCAAAACAAAACCGAUUCCCGGACUUGAUAAAAUUGAGGUUCCUGUUGAUGACAACACACUUGCCAAAAUCACACAGUACUUCGAGCCAGUCGUCAAAUUUGUUGAGGAUGCGAAGCAACAGGGACACAACACGGUUAUCUACUGUGCGGCCGGUGUGAGUAGAAGUGCAACGCUGACCAUAGUCUACUUGAUGGUCACUGAGAAUUUGUCCUUGGAAGAGGCAUAUCUUGAUGUGAACAAAGUUCGCCCAAUUAUUUCUCCAAAUAUCGGAUUCUGGAGACAAAUGAUCGACUACGAGAAAUCGCGCAGUGGAAAUGCGACUGUGGAGUUGAUUAGUGGAAGAAUGGCCCGACCAGUUCCAAGUGUUUAUUUGAGACGAGCAGUCUGCUAA